GAUCAUGUAAAUAGUCAUUUAUAUUGAUUUAUAGAAUGUCAAGGUUUGUACUGUAAUUUUCAGAAAUUAAAGAUAAUCAUUUUGAGACCUAAAUCCUAUCUAAUCGUAGUACUUGUACACCUGUUUCUGAUAGAAUUGAAGACAAUUGAUAUGUAGUGAGCUUUUUUCCUUUGCAUACAGAGGUAUAAAUGGGCAAGGGACAAGAAGAAGGGUGUGGUAUGUGUGUAAUUACCAUCCGCUAUUGGUUAUUCAUUGCUUUCAGGAAAUAAUUACAAAGACAGAUUUGACCUUAGCAUUAGUCCCAACAGCUUACAAAUAAAAUAAUCCCACAAAAGGUUUUGCAUGAACAAAAUUGUAUGGAAAUGGAAAUAUAUGUUUUCCACGUUCUCUUAUUGAACUGCAAUUAACUAAAAAGCGAAAGGGAUAUGGAAAUCCUUCCUGUUCAUGGCUGGAGGGCUUUCCUGGUUACUGUGGUAACACUUUCCUGCAGACCAGAGUUCAUCUGUUUUACAUCUUUAUUACCACUGCUGUUAGUCCAAAGUUUAUGGGCAUAACUUUCUGCCAGCACAGAUACCAGUGACAAUGCUCUUAGUCAUUAAUAGCAGAAGAAAAGCUUCUGCUCGUUCAAUUUCUCUGUUAAAACAGCUGAAGAGUUCUAAGGGAAGUGAGGAAGAAAGAAUCUUAAUUCAUUUCAAAGAAAUAUUUUUCGGUUUGACAAAAUGCCAUCCCGGCGAAAAUCCCUGAUGUAUGCCUCAGCAUCUUUGACCAGUAUCUGCUCUUUUGUAAUAGUUUGCUGUGUCCUUGCAACCAAAAAUUGGGUCUCAAGUAAAAUCAGCUACAAAGAAGGAAAUUCAACAGUGGUGAUCACCAUUACAUAUGGACUCUUUGAAGGACUUUGCUCAAGGAACGUGCUACAAGGAAUUGGAAAACCAGACACCACUUUCCAAGUUACAGAUUUACUGGAAAAUACCACAAUGAAGACUUUCAACAUUGUAAUUAUUCUUCUGCUGGUUCUUCAUUUGCUUAGCACCUUCCUCAGCUUUGUGUUUACAUCUUAUAAUGCCAUUAGCAAUCCCUAUCAAACCUUUUUGGGCCCUAUUGGAGUCUAUACCUGGAAUUCCAUCUCUGGUGUCUGCUGUCUUCUGAUUUUGAUAUUGUUUCCUGUGAAUGUGGAAGUGAAUGAACUGUCUGCGGAGCUAGCAACCAAGCAUUGCACGUCUCCAGGAGGAAUCAAGGCCUCCAACAAUUAUGGAUAUUCAUACUGGAUCAUGCUUCUGAUGGCCCUUUUCAAUGCCGCAACUGCUGUCAUAAUUGUAUUCUAUCAACGAGCAAGGUAUUCAAAAAGGAAGGAACAGGAGAGACCUAUGGAAUGUGCUCCAAAAGAUGGCAUUUUAUUUUAAUGAGAUCAGCAUUCUGGGAUCACCCUCAUCCCUAUUUUGGAAUCAAACUGUAUACUUCAAGAUCCAACCAUUGUGAGAUUUUUUGUGGCCUGUGGACUCAUGUGUUGUAGAUAAUUCUAUUCAAUGAUAUUAUUUAACUCAGUAAUUUCCAAACUCUAGAUAUUUUGUACUUCAACACCCAGAAGUCCCAGCUGAGUCUGAGCUGAACUCAGAAAUUCUUGGUAGACCAUAGUUUGGGAAAUACAUGGUUUAAAUGAAUAAAACAGAAGAACAUGUGACUAGACAAUCAGGACUGGUAGUGGAAAUUCCUACUCUCAGUUUAGGUGGUUAUUUAUUAAGCUAUAAUGGUAGAUAAUUUAUUUCAGUAAUCUUUCACAAGUAUCUUUCCAACUAGGAAUGCAAAGCUAAAUACAAACUGCUAGAGAAUAAACACCCAUUCUGGAGCAUUAUUAAUUCA